UGGUUUGAAAGUUUGGUGUGGUUCCAAAUCACUCUACGUAGUCUUCUACAUACACUAAUAAAAACCCCUCCAAAUACACAAAACACAAAAGCUUCAUCCUUUAAUUUAACCUUUCUUCAAUGGAGUUCCACAGAGCCACUGCUUUGUCAUGGACUCACACAACAAUCUCUACCACUCUUCACAUUCCUCAACCCCUUCUGAGGUUUGAGACCAAGAGACUCAGAAUUUGUUGUGCCACUGAUCAAACCAAGGAAAAUAAGAUGAUUGUAUCAAUUACAGGAGCUACAGGAUUUAUAGGUAAAAGAUUGGUCCAAAGGCUUCAAGCAGAUAAUCAUACUGUUCGCGUCUUGACACGAUCUAGAACUAAAGCUGAGUCAAUUUUUCCGGCAAGGGAGUUUCCUGGUAUAAGGAUUGCAGAGGAGGUAGAGUGGAAAGACUGCAUUCAAGGUUCAGAUGGUGUUGUAAACUUGGCUGGAUUGCCCAUAAGUACAAGAUGGUCUUCUGAAGUAAAGAAGGAGAUCAAGACGAGCAGGAUUGGCGUUACAUCAAAAAUUGUAGAAUUGAUAAACCGUUUACCAGAUGGAGUUCGGCCUACAGUUUUGGUUAGUGCCACGGCUGUUGGUUACUAUGGCACUAGUGAAACACAGGUAUUUGAUGAAAAUAGCCCAUCAGGAAAUGAUUACUUGGCUGAGGUUUGUAGAGAAUGGGAAGGAACUGCUCUCAAAGUAAACAAGGAUGUUAGGUUAGCUCUAAUUCGAAUCGGUGUUGUUCUUGGGAAAGAUGGCGGUGCUUUAGCUAAAAUGAUCCCUCUAUUCAAGAUGUUUGCCGGCGGACCUUUAGGCACCGGAAACCAAUGGUUUUCAUGGAUUCAUCUAGAUGACAUAGUGAACCUAAUUUAUGAAGCUCUAACCAAUCCAUCCUAUAAAGGAGUGAUAAACGGAACAGCACCGAAUCCUGUUCGCCUAUCCGAAAUGUGUAGUCAUCUGGGGAAUGCAAUGGGCAGACCUUCAUGGCUGCCAGUUCCCGACUUUGCGCUCAAAGCAGUCCUCGGGGAAGGCGCUGCUGUGGUUCUUGAAGGACAAAGGGUGGUUCCAACUAAAGCCAAGGAGUUGGGAUUCAACUUCAAGUACUCAUAUGUAAAAGAAGCACUAAAAGCCAUUCUUUCAUGAAACAUACAAAUAUUUUACUGAGGCAAUAGUCAUGUUCUUCAUUCUUUUUGUUAUGAGGGUUAUCUUUGAUAUUGAUAUCACUAGUGGACAAAUCAAAGUGAGGAUUUUGGUGUGUAUUAGUAGUAGUAAUUAGAAAAUUUAAUAAUAGCAAGUCUUUGAAAUUAGUUCUUGAUGACAAUUUGACUUGUAAUAUUGCUAAAUUUGAAUACUUUUCUUCUAAUGCAAAUAAUUUAUUUUCGGAUAA